AAGACCUCUCCAGAAUGACAAAGAAUCAGAGCUGCGUGUAGGCAGGGGCAUGCAUUUCCGCAUUGCUCAGGGUGCCUCGUCCAGGCUGCUACAGAGGAGUGGCGGGCCCUGGAGACAGGCUAGCGGUGUCGGCGUGAACUAAUUCGUUCAAGCCUUGGGCUGCAGAACUGCCCAGAAGAGUGCCGAGAAGGUGGCGCGUAACUUCGGCAGAUCCCAGAAGUGCAGCUAGGAAACUUGCCCAGCCAGCCAGGCCCAUAGGGUGCUAGAGGGUCAGGAAGGACCCGCCUUUCCUAGACCGUGGCCCAACAGAUCCACGUGAGGCUUCCUCGCCACCAAAAGCCCCAAACAAGCAGGGCUAAUGAAAGAGGAAAGUUAAGGACGUCCCAAGCUCUGAGACGCGGCGCCCCGCUGCCGGCGCAAGAGCUGCUCUUCCAACAGCUGCGCUUGCAGUCGCCUUGUCCAGCCGAGCGGAGGUCGCUGCCGCUGAGUGAUGUCCCGCCGCAGCCUGGACGGGCGCCUCCUCGGGCUGCCCGCGACGUCGGCCCCGCCGCUGCCCCCCAAGUUGCUGCUGUUGCUGCUGCUGUCGGCCGCCGCGGUGCCACCGAGCCUGGCAGAAGUCUUCUAUGCAACUGCGUACUGGAUGCCUGCUGAAAAGACAGUAAAUGUCAAAAAUUUACUGGACAAGAAUGGGGAUGCCUAUGGCUUUUAUAAUAACUCUAUGAACACCACAGGCUGGGGGAUCCUUGAGAUCAAAGCAGGGUAUGGUUCUCAGACCCUGAGCAAUGACAUCAUCAUGUUUGUGGCUGGAUAUUUGGAAGGUUACCUCACUGCCCCACACAUGUAUGACCACUUCAUAAAUCUCUACCCACAGCUGAUUAAGAAACCUUCCAUCGUGGAUAAAGUGCAGGAGUUUAUGAAGAAGCAAGAAGAAUGGGCACGUAAUAACAUCAAAUAUUAUAAGGAUGACCCAUUUUGGAGACAUACUGGCUAUGUUAUGGCACAAAUGGAUGGGCUGUAUGUAGGAGCGAUGAACAGGGCUACAUUAAUAGGGACAAAGCCUAUGACACUGUUCCAGAUUCAGUUCCUGAAUGCUGUUGGAGAUCUGUUGGAUCUGAUUCCCUCACUUUCUCCCCCAAAAAACUCCAGCCUGAAGGUUUUUAAGAGAUGGGACAUGGGACACUGCUCUGCUCUUAUUAAGGUUCUUCCUGGGUUUGAGAACAUCUAUUUUGCUCACUCAAGCUGGUACACGUAUGCAGCCAUGCUCAGGAUAUAUAAACACUGGGACUUCAACAUCGUCGAUAAAGAUACCAGCUGUAGUCGCCUCUCUUUCAGCAGUUACCCAGGAUUCUUAGAGUCUCUGGAUGACUUUUACAUUCUUAGCAGUGGUUUGAUAUUGCUGCAGACCACAAACAGCGUGUAUAAUAAAACCCUACUAAAGUUUGUGACACCCCAGUCUCUCCUGGCCUGGCAAAGGGUCCGCGUGGCCAAUAUGAUGGCCAAUGGUGGCAGGCAGUGGGCAGAGAUCUUUUCAAAAUACAAUUCUGGCACCUAUAACAAUCAGUACAUGGUCCUGGACCUGAAGAGGGUAAAGCCAAAAUAUAGCCUUGACACAGAGACUCUGUACAUUGUGGAGCAAAUUCCUUCAUAUAUAGAAUUUUCUGACCAAACCGAUGUCCUACGGAAAGGAUACUGGCCCUCUUACAACAUUCCUUUCCAUGAAAAAAUCUACAACUGGAGUGGCUAUCCAAUGUUAGUUCAGAGGCUGGGUUUGGACUACUCAUAUGAUCUGGCUCCACGAGCCAAAAUCUUCCGGCGUGACCAAGGGAAAGUGACUGAUAUGGCAUCCAUGAAAUAUAUCAUGCGAUACAACAAUUAUAAGAACGAUCCUUACAGUAGGGGUGAUCCGUGCAAUACCAUCUGCUGCCGUGAGGACCUUAACUCACUUAACCCAAGUCCUGGAGGUUGCUAUGAUACAAAGGUGGCAGAUAUUUACCUAGCAUCACAGUACACAGCACAUGCCAUUAGUGGUCCCACAGUACAAGGUGCCCUCCCUGUUUUUCACUGGAACCAGUUCAACAAAACUCUCCAUGAGGGCAUGCCAGAAGCCUACAACUUUGAUUUUGUGACCAUGCAACCAAUUUUGAAACCUGACAAAAAAUGAAGGGGGAAUAUGAGGGAAUAGAAGGCUGCAAAUAAGAUACCAAAGGCACUAUUUUAACUGUUUUUCCAUUCAAGAUUAGUCUUAAUAAAAUGUCUUAAAUUUA